CGACAUCCACCCCCUCGCAGCGGAGUGGGGCAUCGACUAACCUGGCGCUGGUCGCGAGCGUGGACAGCGAGACGAUCAAUUGCGCGUUGGGCGCCGCGCCCGUCGCCGACCGUCGCGAGCGAACAGGCCCGGGCAGCCGGCGGAUCGCGGCCCUCGACUGGAUCGCGGAGGCCCCGCGUGAGGUGAGCCUGCUCACUGGCGGCCGCCUCGCCGCGGAGGCCCGCGCCGCGGGCGACCCCCGGCUCGUCGCGCCCGUCGAUGCCGAUCGCGCGCCGCAGGGGGUAGCCGCCGAUGGCCGCGGCGUGGGCCUGCCCGCGAUCAACCGCGGAUGCGUCGGCAGCAGGGGCGGAUGGGGCGCGCCCUGGCAAGAGUCGCCGCCGGGGUGCCAGCCGGCGAGGCCGUCGAGGACGGGGGCGGCGAUGACCUACUCGACGAGCCAGCGCAGGCAGGGCCAUCAGCGGACGGCGCCAGGGGGCGCUCCGCGAAGCAGCGGCGGCGGCCGCAGGGCGGGUCGCCCCGCAGAGCGGCGCGAGCCGCCGAGCAGUGGCGACCUGAUCGAUGUGCUCCGAGAUCGCCAUUCGGAGGCGCGAGUUUUCAUCGCAGUCGAGGAGUUCCUGGAAGAGAGGCGCUCGCAGAGCGCGGGCGUCGACGCGGCAGAGCAGCCCCAGUGCAAGUGGGGCUUCGACGACCUGCAGGGAGCGGCGGCCGACGCGAUCGCGAGCGCGUCGCUGUGCCUGGCGGGCCCGGGGGGCCCCGCGCCUUGCCCCGGCGCCGAG